UCUUGCCCCAAGGGAAAUGAAAAGAUGGCCCUUCUGAGCCAGUGAGUGACGCAGGCCGGGAACGUGGAUUCAGUUACCCUGGGCGGCCCGCACCGGCGUGGACAGGUCGUGCAAACUCGUGGUUACAGGACGAAAGAAUCUCAUGAGGGUUGGAAAAACAACCUUGAUCCAGAAAGCCAGUGAGGAUUUGAAGUCCUCUGGGGUGCUCCUGGAUGGAUUUUAUACAGAAGAAGUCAGGCAGGGAGGGAGAAGGACAGGAUUUGAUGUUGUCACUUUGUCCGGCACGCGGGGGCCUCUGUCCAGAGUUGGGCCAGACCCUGUGCCUGGAAAGCGUGAGUGCCGGGUUGGGCAGUACGUGGUGGACGUGACUUCUUUUGAGCAGUUGGCACUUCCCAUCUUGAGGAACGUGGGUUCCGGUGGCCCUGGGCGCAGAGUGUGUGUCAUUGACGAGAUCGGGAAGAUGGAGCUCUUCAGCCAGCCCUUCAUCCAGGCUGUGCGCCAGACACUGUCCUCACCAGGGACCGUCGUCCUGGGCACCAUCCCCAUUCCCAGGGGAAAGCUGCUGGCCCUGGUGGAGGAGAUCCGGAGCAGGCCUGACGUGAAAGUGUUCAGUAAGAAAGAACCGGUGGAUUUGAAGACGGAGCAACAGUUUACCUACAGAGCGGGCAGAAUGAACAAAACCAGCGAGCCCUGGGGACGGUAAGGUGCAGUAGCCCAGAUCUCCCAUGUUUGUUAAAGGACACAAACCUACAGAUUCAAAAAGCCUGGUGACCCUCAGCAAGAUAGACCAAGUGUCCAUGCCAAGAGCCUCAGCACCAAGUCUUGGACAUUGGGACGAGUCUUGAGGGCAGCGAGAGAAAAGCGGCCCCUGACUCAGGCAGAAGCAGUGACUGUGGAGACCCCUGUCAGACCAGGGGCCAGAGGCACAGCUCCGCUCCAGGCUAGGAGCAGCACCCGGGCACCCAGAGGACUCUGCCAAGGUGAAGGUCCCUCAGGAACCUGGGGAGAACACUCUGUGCAGAGGCAGAACUGCACACCUUGGCUGCGUGUCCCAGGCUCUCCAGAUCGUGUGGGGCAGGUGAGGCAGAAAUGAGGACAUUCUCCGGUGUGUAAGUAGAUGAAGAAAGUCAGCCAGAAGAGUCGCCUACAUGCCCCGCAGGUGUGGCCGGAGAGCUGUGGUGGACCCGCCUCUCUGCCCUCGGGAGCCUGUGGGUGCUGCUCUCUCCCCUGCAGGCUCCCCAGUGAGGACAGCAGCCCUGCUGCAUGGAGGGGACCUGCCAAGCAAGCGUGCUUGGGAUACGUCCAGCUGUGGGAUGCAUCCAGCCAUGGCUGGGCAGAAGGGAAGGCCAGGCAGGGUGGACAGGUCUCUGGAGGGGCCAGAAGGCCUCUCCAAGUGCUGCUUGAGUACUGGCCUUAGGCAGGAGGAGGAUCAGGAGAGUGGCUGCCUGGGACAAGAGUUUGUCUCCAGUGACUUGCUUUCGAGCUCGGAGUGGACUUUGGCAUCGCUGCCGUUUGUCUCUGAGAGAAGUCACCAACUUGUUCUGCCUUCCAGCCUGCAUCACAGCAUUGGCAAGGUUCAGAUCCUCUGCAGCCGGCACCUCGGGGGGCCAUGAGCCUGGCGCCUCAUCUGGCUUGAGUCCCUGGCUGCAGCUGGGGUGCUGUUUGUGCUGUGUGUGCUGCCUGCUGCCCUGGACAUGCUCCUGCCUUGCUGGCUGCUGUCCUCCUCUGUUCCAACAGAAGCUGAGCUGCUGAUGUCAGCAGUCCCACCUCAGUCAGCCCAGGUGCUUCCCUGACCUGCUGUGUGCCGCUGGGCUCCUGGUCCUGCUUGUUCUGCCUGGAGACCUUUCAGCCACAGGAAGGUCUUGGAGGUGCAGGGACUCCACCGAGGCUUGGGCACUGACCAAGGCCUUCUUGAAGUUAUGCUGCUCUUUCAGGACUUUGGCUGAAUUUUUUUUUAUGGCUUCUAAAGCCUAUUGCUCUGUAAAUAUAACCACUGAAAACUUUAAAAAAAAUUUUUAAACUUAUUUUAGUAUUUGGCUAAUGGAGGCUAGUUAUGAAAACAACAGGUAAUGGCUGUGUUGAUGCCGGAGAGGCAGAAGGUGAAAGCCUUUUGGAUCAAGGGGCCUGGAAAGGGUGAUGUGUACUUCCUAUAGUUUCCUGAUGAACAGGGCAGAGCAGACCUGCAGGCUUAGCCUGCAGACUCGCCCCGCCAGCAGCAUGUGAGGCGGGAGGCAGCAUCCACCAGAGCCUACAGUAGUGACCGUGCCCACUGUCCUCGGUGACUCCAGAGUCUGAGCACUGGUGUGAUCCCACGACCCUGCUGCCUUCAUUCCUGGGGAUGAGGCAUGUGAUUUGGCCACAUGAGCUCAGAUGCUUAGAAGUUAUUUGAUUUUUCUGCCUUAUAAAUGUGUUAAUUUAACCAAACUCUACUUUUAUGGUCAGAAUCCAGACCCUUAAACUUGCUUCUUCCACCAAGCCAUUUUUAUUCUUUCAGUUUUCGCUUUGGGGUUGAAGGAUCACAAGUGUACUAGAUGCUAGGUCCCAAGUUCUAAUUUGGAAGUUUUUAGACCUCAUGCUCUUCUUGCUGUGUGUAUUUUAAACAAAUAGGACAUAAAUUGUUUUCUUCUUAUUGGGAA